AUGUCUGGCGGCUCCGACAAGGCAAUCGAAGCGGGCUCGCUGAAGCGACGCGCGACGAACUCGAGCUCGAGAAGAAGGUUCCCGACUGAAGAGGAGAAGCAGACGCUCCGCCGCGUCUCGGACAGCCUCCCUGUACGCGCUUACUUCAUCGCCAUCUGUGAGAUGGCUGAGCGUUUCUCAUACUACGGUACGACCAUCGUCUUCACCAACUUUAUCCAACAACCUCUGCCCGUCGGUUCAAGGACUGGCGCGGACUCUAUCCAGGCAGGCGCACUUGGCUUUGGUCAGCGUGCAUCGACGGUCUCACGACUUUCAACUCUUUCUGGUCCGAUACCAACGCGCUCGGGACCUUUUAGGGUUUAUGUCGUCCCUCUCUUCGGGGCGUAUCUUGCGGACACUCACUGGGGUCGGUUCAAGACCGUCUGUAUCGGCUGUGGUCUCGCCAUCUUCGGUCACAUUCUCCUCAUUAUCUCAUCUGUUCCCGGUGUCAUCGAACACUCGAAGAACGCCCUGGCAUGCUUCAUCAUUGCCAUCAUCAUCAUGGGCUCCGGAACCGGACUUUUCAAACCCAACAUCUCGCCUCUUGUCGCGGAGCAGUACAAAAAGUCGAAGCUCUUCAUCGGCCACACCAAGUCCGGCGAGCGUGUCAUUGUUGACCCUAUCAUGACCACCUCACGUAUCUACAUGUACUUCUACCUCUUCACGAACAUCGGUGCCCUCGUUGGCCAGAUCACCAUGGUUUACGCCGAGAAGUACGUCGGUUUCUACCUGUCGUACCUCCUCCCCACCGUGUUCUUCCUCAUCUCGCCAUUCAUCCUGUGGUAUGGCCGCAACAUGUACGUCAAGGCGCCGCCCACCGGAUCCCCGCUUCAGACGACGAUCCGCCUCUGGCGUCUGGCGAUGAAAGGCCGCUGGAGCGUCAAUCCGAUCACGACGUACAAGAAUAUGCACGCAGCGGACUUCUGGGAAAGAGUAAAGCCGAGCAAGUUCCAGAGUGAGGACCGCCCGCGGUGGAUGACCUUCGACGAUUUGUGGGUGGACGAGGUUCGCCGUGGUCUCAAGGCUUGUGUUGUGUUCACCUGGAUCCCCAUCUACUGGCUCACGUACAACCAGUUGUACAACAACCUGAUCUCCCAAGCGGCAGUCAUGGUAACGAACGGCGUCCCGAACGACAUCAUCGGCAACCUCGACCCGCUCGCGCUCAUCAUCCUCAUCCCCAUCUUCGACUUUUUCAUCUACCCCGCCCUCGCCCGCGCGGGCAUCCGCUUCACCCCAAUCAAGAAGAUCACCCUCGGCUUCUUCGUCGGCGCCGCAGCCAUGGUCUGGGCCGCGGUCCUGCAGCACUACAUCUACAAGACCUCCCCGUGCGGGUACGAAGCCGCGUCCUGCGCGGACGCAGACGGGAACCCGCUCACGUCCCCGCUCAACGUCUGGAUCCAGGCGGGCCCCUUCGUGCUCAUCGCGCUCUCCGAGAUCUUCGCGUCGAUCACCGGGCUCGAGUACGCGUUCACGAAGGCGCCGAAGAACAUGCGCUCGCUCGUCAUGGGCGUCUUCUUCUUCACGUCCGCGCUCUCGUCCGCGCUCGGCGAGGCGUUCGUCGCGCUCUCGGAGGACCCGCUGCUGGUGUGGAACUACGGCGUGAUGGCCGCGCUCGCGUUCGUCGCGGACACGGUCUUCUGGUUCCAGUUCCGCCACCUGGACGCGCAGGAGGACGAGCUGAACCACCUGGGGGAGAAGCCCGCUGUGCCAGGGUCGAACAAGCAUUGA